GACAAUGUAGUUUUAAUUAUCGAUAAAUGAAAAACGUUAUUUUACUGCAAGAAAAAACGAAAAGAACAUUUACGUUUGCACGGCGUUAAAGUAUAGUUGAAUAAUGAUUUUUUUUAUACUGUGUAUUUUAUUUAUCUUUGCUAUUGUUAAAAUUAUUUUUCAGUCAACGAAUAGAGUUUAUUUGGGACCGGAAUGCCUAAAUGGGAAAAUUGCUGUAGUAACUGGGGGAAAUAGAGGUAUAGGCUUUGAAGUAUCAAAGAGCCUCGCCUCUAGAGGCUGUACUGUUAUCAUAGCAUGCAGAAGCAAAGCGGAAAAUGAACGGAGAAAACUCAUAGAAAUUACAAGAAAUGAAAACAUAUUUGUUCAACCUGUGGAUCUGAAAUCUUUUAAAUCUGUAAGAGACUUUGCUAAAGAAGUACAUAAAAUGGUCGACAAAAUAGACAUAUUAAUUAACAAUGCAGGAAUAGGUUCCGAACUCGGAUUAACCGAGGAUGGAUUACAUCCCGUUUUGCAGUGUAAUACAUUUUCACCGUUCUUGUUAACACAUUUACUCGUAGAUCUCCUGAAGAAAUCAGACGAUGCCCGUAUAGUAUUUUCAUCUUCAGUGUUAGCAUUUCUUGAAAAUUUGACACCAGAAAAUCUCAUGAUUCCUGCAUCAAAAAAUACCGGAUCCAUGGUUUACUUUUUUACUAUAUAUGGUACCUCAAAACUUGCAGAAAUAAUUAUAUCCAAUAAGCUCUCGGAAAAACUUCAAAAAUAUGGAAUUAAAUCAAAUGCUUUACAUCCAGGCUUUAUAAAUACUGAUAUCUGGAAAAGUUUGGAAAUUAAACCUAGCCUUACCGCUUUUGAGUAUUGUUUGAAAUACAUUUUUUACGUACUGCUCCUGAUUUAUUCCAAAAAUACUCAAGACGGAGCUCAAGGAAUAAUAGAAUUAGCAACAUCUAGUCAAUAUAAAAAUAUAAGUGGACAAUUUUAUUGGGGAUUUGGAAUGAAUAAUAUUUAUCCAAAUCCUACGAAACUCAAAAAUGCAGAAUUCUGUAAUGCAAUUUGGAAUAAAUUAGAAGAAAUAGUGAAGCUUAAGCCAGAGGAAGUGUUAAAAUAGAACCUGAAAUAAUAUUUCUAAGUUUUAUGGUUCCACAAAAAUGUGUAGAUGAAAGUUAAAUUAAACGGUUAAAAAAAACUUCGU